AGAUAUCUACAGCCACACGCUAAUCAAUGAACAGCUGAUUGCAAGAGUUGUGUAGUUUGCGUUUUCGCUGUCAAAAUGUAGAGGCGUAUUAUGUAAACGCAAGGAGGAAGAGAAUGCUCCCUGCAGAAUUAGAGUAAUGUGAAAUACAUAUUCGUCUCUUAAAUUUUCUUCCAAUGUUUUUUUUUUUUUGCGAUGGCAAACUUAACAAAUUCGGGAAAUUAUAAUUUUAAGGUAGUUCUUCUUGGGGAAGGUUGUGUGGGAAAGACUUCGGUAAUUUUGAGAUAUGUUGAGGAUAAAUUCAACGACAAACACUUAACUACUUUGCAGGCGUCUUUCUUGAAGAAGAAGCUGAAUAUCGCUGGUAAGAGAGUUAAUCUGUCAAUAUGGGAUACAGCUGGACAGGAAAGAUUCCACGCUCUGGGACCAAUUUAUUACCGGAUGUCAAAUGGUGCUAUCCUGGUGUAUGAUAUAACAGAUCAAGAUUCUUUCCAAAAGGUGAAAAACUGGGUGAAGGAACUGAAGAAGAUGCUUGGAAGUGACAUAUGUUUAAUAAUUUGUGGAAACAAAAUCGAUUUGGAGAAACAGAGAACAGUUCCUAUUGAAGUUGCUGAAGAGUAUGCACAGUCAGUUGGAGCAAAACAUUUCAGUACAUCAGCAAAACUGAAUCGAGGAAUCGAAGAAAUGUUUUUGGACUUAAGUCAGCGAAUGAUGGAACGUGCUAAUGAACAGGACAUACAGAAAGCAGGCUCAUUGGGGCGUUCUGGCAGUGUGCGCCGAAAUGUGGUUGUUGUGGAUGAUGAAGAAGUGGAGCAGACUAAGUCAGGCUGUUGUGGUGGAAGUACUGCAGUUUCUUAGGUUGUCUAAUGUGCUCAUUUACAUGAUACAUGCCUUAAAUGCAUUUGAUUGUGUAACUGUUUGUUCCUGUAUAACAUGUGUGAGUGUAAAGUUCCACGACUGGAAGUGGAACAGUUGCUUGGAUGUAAAAUGUAAAAAUUGUUAAUCUACACUGGACAAGUCGCCUUAUCUUUAUGAAAGGGCUGAUAAAGAUGUACACACAUUUGUGCUUAGUGCAAGGCAACACUUCCUUGUACACAUUGUGUAUCACUUAUAUGUAUGAAGUGUAAAUCAUAAUUUCUUUCAAAUUUUAGUCCCUUGUGUUAACUACUGUUGUCAUUGAAUUCAGAUUUGUCUCAAGAUUAAACAAGAUUAUUAUAUUUAA